AUGGGUCGUAUGCAUUCAUCUGGAAAAGGUAUUUCUUCAUCUGCUAUUCCUUACUCAAGGAACUCACCAUCUUGGUUCAAAUUAUCUAGCAAUGACGUUGUGGAACAAAUCAUCAAGUACGCUAGAAAAGGUUUGACCCCAUCAUCAAUUGGUGUUGUUUUGAGAGAUGCUCACGGUGUUUCACAAACUAAAGUCGUUACCGGUAACAAGAUCUUGAGAAUUUUGAAAUCCAAUGGAUUGGCACCAGAAAUCCCAGAAGACUUGUACUUUUUAAUUAAAAAAGCUGUUUCCGUUAGAAAGCACUUGGGAAGAAACAGAAAGGAUAAGGACUCUAAAUUCAGAUUAAUUUUAAUCGAAUCAAGAAUUCACAGAUUAGCUAGAUACUACAGGUCCGUCUCUACUUCGCUAGAGUCAAGUACUAAUGAUGACCCUUCAUUGCUUACUAUUAUUCUUGACGUUUCAAGCCAAGGGUGGUUUAAUAUCAGAAACUCAAUCACACUUGAAGAUAUAGCAAAAUCGCUAUUAGUGUUUCUCAAUGGUCAUUUAUCAUUGAACAACUCGAACCAAGUUGCCUUUAUAGCGAGUUCUUCUACAGAUUCAAAGUUUCUUUACCCUCAUCCCAGCGUGAAAUCCACUUGCGAGUCCAGGAUGUCACCUGGAAUGUAUAGACAAUUCAAGAAAAUUGAUGAAGUGGUCUUACAAGAAUUAACAAAAUUUAUUGAAGAAACAAGCAAGGUUACAAAGGGAAAAGGACCGACUAUUACGGGGGCAAUAAGCAUGGCACUUACAUAUACCAAUAGAAUGCUAACGUUGGAUCAGAGUAUAACUACAACUACAGCCUCUGCCAUCACAACAGCGUCGAUGAAUUCAUCGGCAAAAGCAGCAAGUGGCGUCUCGUUGAGCACAUCCUCAUCGGCGAUAUCGAUGAAAUCGAGAAUACUAAUAGUCAGCGCUAACGACUCUGACGAUAGUCUAAAUUAUAUACCACUAAUGAACUGUAUAUUCACUGCUCAAAAGCUAAAAGUGUCCAUAGAUAUAGCCAAGUUGGGGCACAAAAAUUCAUCAUAUCUACAGCAAGCAAGCGAUGCUACUAACGGAGUUUAUCUCCAUAUUGAAGAUCCCCGUGGAAUGAUCCAACUACUUUCAACGGCGUUUUUCAUCGAACCCAACCUUCGGCCCUAUAUCAUCUUGCCAACAAAUUCUCAAGUCAACUACAAGGCAAGCUGUUUUAUCACCAAGAAACCCGUCGAUUUGGGGUAUGUAUGUUCUAUUUGUCUAUGCAUUAUGAGCAAAAUACCCGAAAAUGCAAAGUGUCCUGCUUGUUCGAGUGACUUUGACAAAAAGCUUAUUCAAUCAUUAAACAGAAAUCCGCAAGUUACUAGUAAAAAGAAACGCAAACUAGAAAAACAACCACUUGAAAACGGCGAUUGA